GACAAAUUCCUGAGCUGCUAACAGGUCUUUCCCCUUUCCUUUUGAAUGAAAUUCCUGCCAGCCCUGAAGGAGGGAGUGCGGAGAAAGUUCCUCUUUAACUCCUCCCAUGUGAGCCUCUCGCUCCCUGCCCUGCCCAGCCCAGCCCAGCCCGUGUGAAACCCAAUAACCAAGAUCAUUCAACAAUGCCUUCCCUUCUCUGCCUGCAUCUUUGCUGCGCCAAGGAGGAGCGCAGGAGAUUCAGAAGGUGCUCCUCCUGCCUGUGAGGUGUUGGGUCGGUUCCCUCCACGCGCUGAGCAGAGCAGAGCUCAGAAAGAGAGACACACACAGAGAGGCAGCGUUGGUGAAGGAGAAGCAGCAGCAGCAGCAGCCCACAGCAUGCAUGCUGCCGCGGGAGUCGGGAUGGAGCAGCUGUCGCCCUGGUGGUGGCUUCUCCUGUCUCUUCCAGGCGCUCUCCAGAUCGCGUCUCUGGAACCAGGCGCUGCGCCCUCUUCGUGCCCUCCGCUGUGCCACUGCGAGGAAGAUGGCAUCAUGCUGUCGGCGGACUGCUCGGAGCUGGCUCUCUCUUCCGUGCCGGGGGGCUUGAGUCCCUUCACAGCCUACCUUGAUUUGAGCAUGAACAACAUCAGUGAGCUGCUGCCUGGGGACUUCCACCACCUGCGCUUUCUAGAAGAACUGCGCCUAUCUGGAAAUCAACUCUCUAAGAUCCCAGGGAAAGCAUUUUCUGGCCUCUACAAUUUAAAGAUUUUGAUGUUACAGAACAAUCAGCUGAGUCGGAUCCCAGCAGAAGCUCUGUGGGAUCUUCCAAACCUUCAGUCACUGCGUCUGGAUGCCAAUUUGAUCUCUGUGGUACCCGAGAAGAGCUUUGAGAGGCUGCCCUCCUUACGCCACCUUUGGCUGGAUGAUAAUGCUCUGACAGAGAUCCCUGUCAAAGCACUCAACAACCUUCCGGCUCUACAGGCCAUGACACUGGCCCUCAACCAAAUCUGGCACAUUCCUAACUACGCCUUCCAGAACCUCACCAGCCUUGUGGUACUACACCUGCAUAAUAACCACAUCUGCAGCCUCGGAACCCACGGCUUUGAAGGACUCCACAGCUUGGAAACUCUGGACCUAAAUUAUAAUGAGUUGGUGGAAUUCCCAGUGGCCAUUAGGACACUCGGCCGACUUCAAGAGCUGGGUUUCCAUAACAACAACAUCAAGGCUAUUCCAGAGAAGGCGUUUGCUGGGAAUCCAUUGCUCCAGAUUAUGACUUUGACCCGGGCUGGCAUUCGUUUGCUUCCUGGAGAAAUGUGCCAGCAGCUGCCCAGCCUACGAGUUCUUGAGCUCUCGCACAAUCAAAUUGAGGAGCUACCCAGUUUCCACCACUGCCAGAAGUUGGAAGAGAUUGGCCUUCAGCACAACCGCAUCCACAAAAUUGGAGCAGACACCUUUGGGCAGCUCACAGCCUUGCGCUCCAUAGACCUGAGCUGGAAUUCCAUUCAGUCCAUCCACACGGAUGCCUUUGUGACCCUCCGCUCUCUCAUCAAGCUAGAUUUGACUGACAAUCAGCUGGUUACGCUGCCAUUGGCUGGGUUGAGUGGACUGACUCAUCUGAAACUUAAAGGCAACCCUGCACUGUCUGAAUCCUUCACAAAAGAAAGCUUUCCCAAGAUGAGGGUCCUGGAAGUGCCCUAUGCCUACCAGUGCUGUGCGUAUGGAGCCUGCAGCAAUUUCUUCAAAAUGACUAGUCAAUGGGACUCUGAGGAUAUGAGUCCUGAGGAUGAGGAUGGCCACAAGAGGAACUUGGGACUGUUUACAGGCCAUACUGAUAAUCACUAUGACCUGGAUAUGGAUGAUUUCCAGCUGGAACUUGAGGAUUCAAAGCUGCACCCCAACAUCCAGUGUACCCCGAGCCCUGGCCCGUUCAAGCCCUGCGAUCACCUGUUUGAGAGCUGGGUCAUCCGCCUGGGUGUCUGGCUGAUUACGUUGGUCUCCAUGCUGUGCAAUGGGCUGGUCAUGGCGGUUGUCUUUGCAUCGCCCGGCUAUCUGUCCCCCGUCAAGUUUGUCAUUGGCACCAUUGCUGGAGCCAACAUGCUGACGGGCACGUACUGUGCCAUCCUGGCCUUCGUGGACGCCAUCACCUUUGGUCACUUCGCGAAAUACGGGGCCCGGUGGGAGACGGGUGCAGGGUGCCAGGUGACAGGGUUCCUGUCGGUGUUUGCUUCAGAGGCUUCCAUCCUUCUGCUGACCCUGGCCGCCGUGCAGUGCAGUCUCUCGGUGUCAUGCAUGCGGACCUAUGGGAAGGUGCCGUCUUUUGGCACCGUCAAGGCAGGUGCGCUGAGUUGCCUGGCGCUGUCUUCAGUGGCUGCAGCACUGCCUCUCUUCUCUGUUGGGGAGUACGGGGCAUCCCCUCUCUGCCUACCCUACCCACUCCUGGAUGGGAAGCCUUCCAUGCUGGGGUUCAUGGUGGCCCUGGUGCUGGUCAACACCCUCUGCUUCCUCAUUAUCACUGGAACAUACAUCCGCCUCUAUUGCAACCUGCUGAAAGGAGAGUUUGACUCUGUCUGGGACUGUGCUAUGAUCAAGCAUGUGGCUUGGCUCAUUUUCACCAACUGCCUUCUCUAUUGCCCCGUGGCAUUCCUGACCUUCUCUUCCAUGCUGAGCCUCUUCCUCGUUACCCCCGAAGUCAUCAAGUCUGUGCUGCUGGUGGUGCUUCCUUUGCCAGCCUGCCUGAACCCCCUGCUCUACCUGCUGUUUAACCCACACUUCAGAGAUGACCUACGGCUCCUGAGGCAGAAGAGCCAGGCCCGGGAGAGCUGCGCCCAGUCCUAUGUGUCAGAGGACACAGAGAAGAGCUCGUAUGACUCUACCCAGGCCCUGGUUGCUUUCUCUGACAUGGAUCAUAUAUUUGAGGCACCAGACAUCUUCAGAGUGCCUCCUAGGUGCUCGUCAGUACUAGAUGCCUACAGCUACCCAUCAGUGACUCUCAUCCCACACCAGCAAAAGGCAGGUGCCGGAGGACACAACAGUGGCUUCUCCACUCACCUGUCCUACCUUGCCGAUGAUGAGUUGCUCAUCGCAUCAGAAAGCAGAGACCCGGCAAGGAGCAGCCUUAGGAUUGCCUUGUUUUCCACACCACCCGCACCAGCCUUCACAUCUCACUUAUGAACAGUCAUUCAGCCUCCCACUCGGUACACAUUCACUCUGUGAAAAGCCUAUGCAAGAGCCCACCUGUAGCCACCAACAGCUUUGGACAAUGGCUGUUCUGGGGAAACAGUUUAUUGCUUCUUCUGGGGGGGGGGAGGCCUUGAGAGCCUGCAAGGUGCUGCCAACUCCAUGUAUCCUAGCUUACUGGAGCAUUGUCUUCUGCUCUCCUGCCACACC